CGCAUCAUGCUAUGUGCUACGAAAAAUCUUUGUUAUCAAUGCUCAGAUCCAAACAUCGAAGUGCAUUAUGGCACAUUUUUCAUCAAUCCAAGAAUUCUUCAAGACGACAUCAGAGGAAAUGAAAGACAACCGAGAUGCGAAUCAGAAAGAAGUGCCAGGAUCCAAAUGUGUCGCGAUCCCUACUAUACGUUAAAUGUUACUACGUUUGAUAUCAAGACCGAAGAACUUCUACCGUUCGGCAUGUCACAUGGUUGUUCAUCGUUGGUUCUCCUAUCCAGCAGGAUCUGAUCUAACGGUUGCUAUCAUCAAAUAUUUUGUUAAAAACUACACCUGCACAUCCACUGCAAAAGCGGUAUUGUUUCUGCACUAGUGAUACAUGCAACGUUGUCAAACCUGCAAAUGCAUUGAUGCGUGUCGGUGCUCCAAGGUUCAAAGAGCAGGAGAGUGGUCCGGUCACUCGC